AUGGCUGCUCCGGCCGAUGCAAAGAGGGAGCUGGAUCUAAUAGAAAAGGUGGAAUGGAAAAUCCUGACCGCCGCAUCCGACGAGACGAAGUUGCAAGGCUUGCUUAAAGUCUACCUUCCACCACUGCUGCUCAAGGCCGGUAGUGGGCAUGUCUCAGUCCGCAAUAAGGUUAUAUCAACAUGUCAAACAAUCAACAAACUCAUCAAGGCGCCAGGGUAUAUGGAUAUGAGUCGUAGUGUUAACAAUCUGCCCAGAAUUAUACUUCCAGUCAGCUCCCUGCUUGAUCAAUACAAAGCCACAGACCAAACCCUCAUUAAGCACUUCGAUGUUCUUUACAUCCAACAUAGUGUUGGGAAGCUCGACCCCGACGAACACCGAGCACUGGUCCCGAAGGCUCUUUUCGGGAUCAGCAGAGGUUCGACUAAUUCCACCGGCCAACUCUUCAACGUGUUCCUGCGCAUGCUUCAAGCGGUCAAGGUUCCAUCAAGGGGGAGCAAAGAAGAUACCAACUUUCGGGAAGUGAUGGGGCUGGCAGAUCCGGAGGACGCGGGCUUUGUUGCUGAGUGGCUCGGGAAGCUGUUGUUGUUGCGAGUGAGCGCAACUGGGUCAGUCCAGUCUCCUGGCCUGUCACAAGCUGAUAUCAGCUUCCUUACCCUGGGCAAGCCGGAAACUUGGAAUUCUGUCGAUGGGGGCUUGAAUCUUGCGGAGACUCGCAUCAAGAUCACCGCCUUUCUAGCAAGCGGCGCCUUUACGGAUCUUGAACGGUUCAUUCCUGCUCUCUACGCCGCCUCAAGUUCCGACUACCGGAUCUCGGGUGUGGGGGAUGACCUCCUAAAGCGAACUUCCGUCUCUCUCGAAGACAAGUUGCUAGUACGCAAACUUUACGAAGCACACUCAGCCCUCCCCCCCGCCUAUCGAAUACGCAUACUUGGCAUUCUCAGCAAAUCCGAGAUAGCUACCACCUUCACGGAUGAGAUUCUCGCUGUUUUCCACCUGAACGUUACAAGCCAACCCGCAGAAAGCGAUGCCAUGCAGAUCGACGGUCAACCGGGACUUGGAAAGACCUCCGGCCUGGAAAGAAAUAAGCUCCACAGGGCCUUGUUUGAGUUCAUCAACUGGGUUGCUCGUAUUGGGCCUAACAAAACCGACUACAACAAGAUUGGAACUCCCCUGAUUGACUUACUCAAAAACUUUGUGCGAGACCAGGGGUGGCCGAAGCCUCUUCAUCAAUCACUCGAUGAAGGCGCGUUGCGUUCUCGGGCGUACGAGACUAUUGGCAUUCUCGCCAAAGGAACGUCCAUGAUGGACACCGAGAGGCUGUCGUUGGCUGGAUGGCUGUUCCGGUCCCUCUCAGAAGAUCCCACCCCGGACGUGGUGGUCAACAUUGACGGUGCCCUAUCAAGCCUCACCAGUUUGUUCAAACCGCCUCACAAAUUUCUCGUCAACACUCAACUCCAAUCCAUUCUCUUGACAUACAUGACCAUCAAGGACACGGACAAAGACGUCGUACGCAGCGCCCGCCACGCCGUCACGAAGUGGGCCAACCAGUGCCUACAAUUUUCCGAUGUGUACGCCCGCUGGAUAGACGUUCUCGCCAUUGCCGGUCGUCCUGAUGAGCGAAGCGAUGUGGUGGAAGAGGGACAAAAAGGACUCGAUCCGUGGACAUACUACGCCAAUGAUGACAAGUCGCGGGACCUUCCUGACUGGCAAGAGAUGGUUCAGAUGUUCUUUAAGGAUCCGAUAGCGCCGAUCAACGCUGCCUCGAUGUUUGGAGGUGGCCAAGGCAUGGAUAUUGACGACAAGGGCGUAUUUAUCAACUUUCCGGUCUUAUCACACCCAGCCUUCCCUGUUGCUGUCGACUACUGUCGGCGGAUAUUGUUUCUCACGGCACUUCCGGACUUCCAGAUCGAGCCAGGGUGGGAGCGGCGGCUCGGGGCGCUUGUGCAAAGCGAUCUUGGUAGCCGACUUAACAUAGGGGGGUAUUUGUCCAAGUUCACCCAUCAAGAGCACAAUCUUUUCCGUCUUCUACAGGCCGCGUUUGAAGGAAUGGUGAUGGAGGAUGCGAGGAUUGCUGAGCGAUGUGCCCAAUCCUUUGUUGACCUCGCGUCUCUCUCACCGCGAGCCAUCCUCGCGCCCUUGGCCUCCCGAUCAGGCGAGCUACUUCCCUUGAUCAAGUCGAACAAGAAGGAGCUUCGCGUGCUUGGUUCCCAAGCGUUCGGGAUUCUUGCCGCCCAUCCUGAGAACUCACCGGAGUCUGUCGCCGCGAACAAGCAAUCACUCAUCAGUUUUACUCAAAGCCUGAGCUCGGCCGUGGGAUCCGAGCUGAAUGCCGUCGAAGGGGGGUUCCUUGCCCUCAGCCAUCUCAUUUCCCGGGGCAUUUAUUACUCGUUCCCGACCAUUGGCGACAGCUCCAUUCUCGAUAUAAGUGGAAUAUUCCCGAGCCUAGAUUCGCUCUCCUCUAAACCCUUGUCUACCCAGGAAUCCCUCUUUGAAGCAUACUCUCAGCUGUGGACUGCAUCUGUUCAACCCACAAAACCGCCCGGAAGCGGUGAUCCGGAUUUUCUCUCGCUUCUGUCGAAAGACUACAUCGACCCGCUCGUCAUCCAAGCAAGGAAAGGCAACGAGAAAGCGAUCACGGCUCUGGGACGACUCGCCAUUGCGGUACCGGUACUAGAGGGCUCAAACCAUGAUGGAGAAGGCGACAUACUGAAGGUUAUCCUUGACAAGUUAUACGCUCUGCACGAGAUCCGGCAAGCCGAGGUACACUUUGCUGUUGGUGAGGCUAUCGCCGCCGCAGUUGCAUGCUGGGAUGCCGACGUGGUCCGCCUGACGGUCAACGUGCAAGCUGAAGAGUCUGGAUACCACGUGCCCCGCCGAGGAACGCGGCUUUCCUCGACGUUGAAGAAGCUGCUAGAGGACUGCAAGACUACCAAACCAUCUCUCCUGAAGGCUUCCGGUAUUUGGCUCUUUUGUGUCAUCCAACAUUGCUCUCAUUUGGAAGAAGUUCAAUCGAGGCUUCGGGAGUGCCAAGUGGCGUUUAUGCGCCUUCUUAGCGCUAGGGAUGAACUUGUCCAGGAGACCGCCUCGAGAGGUCUUGCGUUGGUGUACGAGAAGGGGGACUCGGACCUGAAGGGCGAGUUAGUUAGGGACUUGGUUUCGGCGUUCACUGGGUCUGGACCGCAACUCAAAGUUGACCAGGAGACAGAGCUGUUUGACGCCGGCGCUCUCCCCACUGGCGAGGGCAAGUCAGUUACCUCGUACAAGGAUAUUGUCAGCCUCGCGAACGAAGUCGGCGAUCCUAGCUUGGUGUACAAGUUUAUGUCUCUCGCUACCAACGCGGCAACAUGGUCCACUCGGUCCGCCUUUGGGCGCUUUGGGCUCAGCAACAUCCUGUCCGAGUCGGAGGUCGACCCUAAACUCUACCCCAAGCUCUACCGCUACCGUUUCGACCCCAAUCAGAACGUGCAGCGGUCCAUGAACGACAUUUGGAAGGCGCUAGUAAAGGACCAGAAAACAGUCCUAGAGACACAUUUUGACGCUAUCAUGAAUGACCUGCUGAAGAGUAUACUGGGUAAAGAGUGGCGUGUUCGGGAGGCGAGCUGUGCCGCCAUCUCUGAUCUAGUCUCUGGAAGGCCGUUCCUGAAGUACGAAAAGUACUACAAGGAUAUCUGGACCGCAGCUCUGAAGGUCCUCGACGACGUCAAGGCAACCGUCAGAAACGCAGCGUUGCACCUAUGUAUCGCCCUUUCUACAACUCUAGUCCGCCAACUUGAGGAAUCGGGAUCAACGACCACGGCAAAAGCGAUGAUGAACGAGGCACUACCUUUCCUUCUCUCCGACAAGGGCAUCGAAAGCAGUGUCGAAGAUGUUAAGCUAUUCGCAACCAUCACCGUCAUGAAAAUUGCCAAGAGCGGCGGUGAUGCCCUCAAACCCUACGUUCCAACCAUGAUCCCGCAUCUUCUGGGCUUGCUAAGCACCAUCGAGCCCGAAGCCAUCAACUAUCACUACCAACGUGCAGGAGAAGACAACCGCGAAAAGAUUGACAAGAUUCGCAGCGCCAUGGUCUCGCGAAGUCCCAUCGCCGAGGCCAUCGACAACUGCCUCCGCAGCGUGGAUGAGACUGUCAUGAAGGAUUUUGCCCCGCGGCUCCAAGAGUCCGUCAAGACCGCCCUCGGUAUGCCCACCAAAAUCGGCUGCGCUCGUGUUUUGUCUACGCUCGCAACGCGCCACACCCUCACGUUCGCCCCUUACUCUCCCACCUUCCUCGCCCUCCUCGAAAAGCAACUACUCGACCGUAACGACGAGGUAUCGCAAAACUACGCCCGCGCUGCCGCAUACCUCCUGCGCAUCAUCCCUACCCCGGACGCCCAGACCCGUUUCGCCGAUAGCCUAGUCUCGCUCUACCUCGCUUCCGAGUCUGAAGUUCGCCGACAGAAGGUUGCCGAUGCUGUCCUAGCUCUUUCUAAGAUCUCGCCGGACCACUUCGCUGCUCUCGAGACCCAGCUCCUACCGUUUGCCUUUCUCGCCCGCUGCGAUGAAGACGAGUAUGCGCGUACUGCUGCCCGUGCGGUGUGGGAUUCCCAAGCUGGGAGUACCAGCCUGACGGCUGUGCGAUAUCUUAAGGAGAUUGUCAGCCUUUCUGAUCGCGCAUUGGGAACAGCACAAUGGUCGCUGCGGCACGCCGGCGCGCUGGCCGUGGCCGAGGCUGCUGAGGCGGUCGUGAACGCAGGGGAUGUAUCCGGGAGGGUGAAUCUUGAAGGUCUGAAGGUCGUGUGGCCGGUGUAUGAGAAGGCACUGGCGCUCAAGACCUUUGAAGGGAAGGAAAAGCUGCUGGGCCCGCUACCAGGUUUUGUGAAGUCUGCGAAGGGGUGGUGGGAAGGUGAUAAGGAGUUUGCCGCGCUGUUGAAGAAGAUCGCCGUGCGCGAAGCGAAGAGGAACAAUGACGUGUACCGGCCAUAUGCGUUUACAUGUUUAUGGAAGGUCACUGCCGCGAGGGAAGACCUAGACAUGAUCGAAGAAAUCACAGACAUCGCAGCGCCCUUUCUUGAAGAGGAAGAGGAGGAGGCAGACGGAGAUGCUAUGGAUAUUGAUCAACCAAAGAGCGGCAAGGGGAGAGCCGGGGGGCUGGACGUCAAGACGCGGACGGCCUGGGCCGCCAUCGAAGCCAUCUCUAAGGGAUACAACCGAUCCCAGAUGAACAGCAAUCCAAUGGCUACUCUGCGGCGCGUGAUCCUGGCCCUCGAAGCUGCUGCCGGGGGUAAUGGCAAGUCACUCAAUACGCAUUCACCUUCUUUAUCCAAACCCCGGUUUGCGAUAAUCCGUCGGACGUUUUGGUAUAACUGUGUCCAACAAUUACUCAAGGACGGUUCAGGUGCCUCUGGUAGCGGCAACACCAACCCGGCCUCCAGCCAAGAGAUAGUCAACUGGUUUCUUAACACACUGGAUCUCGGUUCUUACGAUACUGGAACGGAAGACCAGCGCUUGUCAAGGGCGAAGGCGGCCCUAUCUACAAUCCAACUUGGCAAACUACACGCCGAGCUCUUGACUGAUUCAGGGUGGAGGGGACAAGUGAAGGGUGUGUUUGAAACAGCGGCAACGGCGGAAAGGUCACUGGAGGUGCAAAAGGCGUGGAAGGAAUGUUUGGCGGUACUGAAGUAA